UAAUAUAGAUUUUUUUUAAACAGGUUUGCAUGUUGACAUUUUAUCCAGAAUUUGAAGCAGUUACAAAUCCUCAUCCUGAGAUAAUUAUUGCAUUAGAUGCAUCAAAUUCUAUGCAAGGGAAAUUAUUUGCAGAUGCUUUGAAGACAGCUGUUCUAUGUCUCAAAAAUCUUCCACACAAUUGUUAUUUUAAUAUAGUAGUUUUUGGAUCAGUGUUUCAUGAGUUAUUUCCAUCAAGUCAAAUAUGCAAUUCAAAAAAUGUGCAAAAAGCUAUGAAUUUCCUGAAACAGGUUACAUUAUUAGGUAAUACAGAAUUUUCAAGAGUUUUAAAAUAUUAUCAAUUAACUGCUGGAAAAGGCAUAAAGAAUAUAAUUCUUUUGAGUGAUGGUGAUGUUAAUAAUGAAAGGAUAAUAUUUAAAAGUAUCAAAUCUUAUAGCAACAAAGUGAGGAUAUUUACAAUAGGUUUAAGUUCAACUACUUAUAUCAACAAACAUACAUUGCAACAAAUUGCUAAUAAAAGUGGAGGUGUGUACGAAUGUUUAGAUACUUUAAAUUUAGAAAACUGGAAGAAUAUGGUAAAUAUAAUAUUUGGUAAGAUAUUUUACUUUAAUUCAGAGUAG